GCGCAAUCCGAAUGACCGAUUGUAGUGUGAGUUGUCAGAAUCGAGUUGUAUGGUUCUACGACGGCGGUAGACACCUACACAUUAUUUUUCUUUACGUAAGGAUACUGUGUUACCCAACUUCCUAUCAUAUAUACAAGAGUGACUACUCAAAUUCUUUUGUGCGGCAUGGUUUAUUCUUGUAGAAAUAGCUGUACUAUGUGUAAAACGAUCGAUCAUGGAUUCUAGUAAGAAGUAUGACAAUCCUAAUCCAAAAUUAACGGCGAAUGUUUUUAGUAAACUGAUCUUUUGGUGGCUGAAACCCCUAUUUUGGUAUGCUAAGGAUCAUGAUCUUGAGAUUAAAGAUAUCUACAAUGUCAUGCCAAAUGAUGUUAGUCAACAUCUUGGAGAUAAACUCGAGAGGAACUGGAUUAAAGAAGUUAAGUCCGCAGAAGGAGCAAAUAGAAAACCUAAAUUUUUUAAUGCUUUAAAAAAAACAUUUAUGUGGUCAUUUGCUCACUAUGGAGGAUGGCAGUUUUUUUUAGCAGUUGUUUUAAGGGUUAUUCAACCAUAUGUGUUAGGUCUUCUUAUCUGGCACUUUGAUCCUAGAGCAACAUCCACAGCCAAUGAAGCAUACAUUUAUGCUUCAGCUGUUAUACUUAUAGUCUUAUGUGGAGCUUUAAUUACUCAUCAUUCUAUGUUAGGUUUAAUGGAAGUUGGAAUGAGAGUGAGAGUAGCAUGUUCCUCUCUAAUGUAUAGAAAGAUUUUGCGUUUGUCAAGAUCUUCUACUAAUGUUACUACUCCUGGACAAAUUAUAAACAUAAUGUCAAAUGAUGUAGCAAGAUUUGAACAAUUAUUUAUAGCGUUGCAUUAUAUUUGGAUCUUACCAAUUCAAGGUGCUCUGAUUACUUUUAUGAUAUGGGAAAGUGUAGGAAUCGCAUCUUUAGCUGGUGUUUUUCUUAUAACUAUGCAAACUGUACCUGUUCAAGGAUAUCUAGGAAAAUGGGUAUCAAAAUUAAGAUUAAAAAUCGCAGUUAGGACUGACGAAAGAGUAAGAUUAAUGUCAGAAAUAAUUGGUGGAAUUCAAGUCAUUAAAAUGUAUACUUGGGAACAACCAUUUGAAAAACUUGUUAGCUUUGUUAGAAGUCAGGAGAUAGACGUACUAACAGUUGCAUCGUACUUACGAGGUUUUACCUUAGCUACUUUUGUGUUUACUGAACGUACAACAUUAUACUUUACAAUUAUGGCAUAUGUACUUCUCGGCAACACUAUAUCUGCCGAUAAAGUAUUUUCGAUGGCACAAUAUUUCAAUAUCCUCCAACUUACUAUGGCAAUAUUAUACCCGAUGGCUGUAUCUGCUGCUGCAGAGGCUCAUGUAUCUAUUAAGAGACUUGAAAAUUUCCUUUUAUUGAAAGAAAAUAAUAAUAUAAUCCAGUCACAACAAACCAAUGGAGAUGGUAGUAUUAUGAUGAAAAAUAUUACAGCAUCUUGGACAGAAAACACAAUUGCAAAUACGUUACAUGAUAUCAAUGUUCAAAUAGAACCUGGUAAGCUUUAUGCUAUUGUUGGUUCAGUUGGUGCAGGAAAGAGUUCGUUUCUUCAAUUAAUUUUAAAGGAACUACAACAAUCACAUGGAGAAAUAAAAGUAAAUGGUACUGUGUCUUAUGCUAGUCAAGAAGCGUGGUUAUUUUCGGGUACAGUGCGCAAUAAUGUACUUUUUGGGCAGUCUUAUGAUAAAGAAAAGUAUAAUGAUGUUGUUAGAGUAUGUACUCUCUUUAAAGAUUUUCAGCAGUUUAAUUACGGCGACAGAACUUUAGUUGGAGAUAGAGGCGCAUCACUCAGUGGUGGUCAACGAGCAAGAAUUAAUUUAGCUAGGGCUGUAUAUAGGAACGCGGAUAUUUAUUUAUUAGAUGAUCCACUAUCCGCAGUCGAUACUCACGUAGGAAAACAAUUGUUCAAUGAAUGCAUCAAAAAUUAUCUUCGAAAUAAAACAAGAAUUCUUGUAACACAUCAGGUUCAAUAUUUAAAAGAUUGCGAUUACAUUAUUCUAUUGAAUAACGGCAAAAUCGAAUGUGAAGGUACAUUUGCAGAAAUUCAAAGCAAACGUACAGACUUUUUACAUAUGCUUUCAACAGAAGAAAAUAAAGGAGAUUCGGAAGUCAUGGAAAUUGAUGAUAAUACUAAUCCUGAUUUAUCUAUUAAUUAUGGUAAUGGUAAAGAUGAUGAUGAAACAGAACCAAAAGAAACUGAGGAAUUAAUGGCAAAAGGAAACGUUUCUAAAUCUCUUUAUUGGAAAUAUUUUCGAGCUGGAGGAUCUCUCUUAAUGAUUCUGAUUUUUGUAUGGUCUUUAAUUUUUGGACAGAUUGGAAGUAGUGGUUGCGAUUAUUGGGUUGCUUAUUGGACAAAACAAGAAGAAAUACGCAUUAAACGUAAUAGUAUUAAUCAUACAGUUCAACUAUCAGAACAAAACCGCACAGUACCGUUUUCCGCUGACGGAGAUACAAAUAAAUCAACAAAUGAAACGGCUUUAUUGGAGAUGGAUGAUUUUAAUAGUACAAUUUCAAAAUUGUUCCCAUUAAAAAAUGAGAGUUUUGAUAAUAUUACGUGGACUAUUAACGCGAGGUCCAAUACAGUUUACCUCCAUCGUGACACUGCUUUGUGGAUUUAUGGAGCAUUCAUCCUUACAAGCAUUGUAUUGACAUCCACAAGAAAUAUUGUAUUUUAUAAAAUAUGUAUGAAUGCUAGUAAAAAUCUUCAUAAUCUCAUGUUUUCGUGUUUAUUAAAAGCGCCGAUGCUAUUUUUUGACACACAUCCUUCUGGUCGCAUUCUAAAUCGUUUCUCAAAGGAUGUUGGAUCAGUAGAUGAAAUUUUACCAAGAACGAUGAUAGAAUCCAUCCAAAUAUUUACAGUAAUGGUUGGAAUUUUAGUUCAAGUUUUCAUUAUUAAUUGGUGGACAAUAUUUCCAAUGUUUAUCAUGGGUUUCUUAUAUUGGCAAAUACGAAAUAUUUAUCUUAAAACUGCGCAAGAUAUGAAACGUUUUGAAGGAACUACCAAAAGUCCUGUUUUCUCCCAUGUUAGUUCUUCCUUAUUAGGACUAACAACAAUUCGUUCUGCUUGCGCGCAUAACAUGGUUCGGAAAGAAUUCGACGUUCACCAAGAUCUUCAUACUAGUGCUUAUUACUUGACAAUAGCAACAAGUACUGCUUUUGGAUUUGCAUUAGAUGUUGUGUCUAUUUGUUUUAUUGCUUUUAUUACCUAUAGCUUCAUCAUAUUGGAUGAUGGAAAUACAUUUGCGGGAAAUGUAGGAUUAGCCAUAUCUCAAGUAUUAAUCUUAUGUGGAAUGCUUCAGCAUGGAAUGCGUCAAACUGCAGAAACAAUAUCGCAAAUGACAAGUGUAGAACGAAUUCUACAAUUUACACAACUCGAUAAAGAGGGACCAUUUGAAAGUGAACCUAAUAAAAAACCGUCUGCACAGUGGCCUUCUAAAGGAGAAAUAAAUUUCGAUCAUUUAUAUUUACGCUAUGAAGAUUCCGCACCACCAGUUCUUAAAGAUUUAUGUUUUGCCAUUAAAUCUGGAGAAAAGGUAGGAAUAGUCGGUCGCACUGGUGCUGGUAAAACCUCUUUGAUAUCAGCUUUGUUUCGUUUGGCUAAACUCGAAGGUGCUAUUUACAUAGAUAAAUUAGAUACAAAACAAAUAGGUCUUCAUGAAUUACGAAGGAAAAUUUCUAUUAUCCCACAAGAACCUGUAUUAUUCUCAGCGACGCUUCGAGAUAAUCUCGAUCCAUUUCAUGAUUUUGAUGAUGCUACUCUUUGGGCUGCCCUUGAGGAUGUAGAAUUAAAAUUAAGUGUUUCUUCUCUAGACUAUAAUGUCGAUCAAGGUGGAGCUAAUUUCAGUGUGGGGCAAAGACAGUUACUCUGUUUAGCUCGAGCGAUCUUAAGAAAUAAUAAGAUUCUGCUUCUUGAUGAAGCUACCGCUAAUGUCGAUCCUGCGACAGAUGCCUUAAUACAAAAGACUAUUCGACAAAAAUUCAAGAGUUGCACAGUAUUAACCAUAGCACAUAGAUUGAAUACAAUUAUGGAUAGUAACAAAGUGCUAGUUAUGGAUCAUGGAAAAGCAAUUGAAUUUGAUCAUCCCUAUGUUCUACUUAAAAAUGAGCAAGGCCAUUUUACUAGUAUGGUCAAAGAAACUGGGAAGCUAAUGUUUGAACAACUCAAAAAAAUUGCAGAAGAGGCUUAUAACAGUGUCUGCACCAAUGCAGAAUUGCAGUCACUACCACAAAUUCAUAAUGGUGAAACAGUGAAAGAUAAUUAGAAUUUUGGUAAAUACUAAUAUUGUUCCUACUUACAUAAUUAUUUAUUUUAUAUUUAAUGUAUAAUGACACUUCUUGCAAUCAAAACUUCUUUGAAAUACUCCAGCUAUAAUUUUUUAAACUUUGUUUAAUGUAAAAAUAUUGUCCAUACACAGUGAAAAUGUUCACAAGUAAAUUUGCAUAAGGAGCAUAAGUUUGCAUCUGCAAAGCAUUGUACUUCAUAUAUAAUAGUAUUUUUGAUAUUGUUUAGAUAUUUUAUAAUGCAAAAUAUAUUUUAUAUAUGUUGGAAAAGAUUACUAUAUGAAAUUAUAUGUAAAUUCAAUGUACAAUUACUUUUUAAUAAAAUAUAUGUACACAAAUGUAUAUAUAUAUAUACAUAUACAUAUUGUCUCAACCUUUUCUAUAAUUUUUCAUAACAGAUUAAUUACACAGAUCUAUUCUAAUACAUUAAUUUUGUAUACUGUAAAUAAUAAGACUUCAUUAUACAAUGAC